CGAAAGAAGAAGAAAAGAGAGUGGCUACUGAAGAGUGAAGACGAAGGAACUCCGUUCGAUCCUUGCCCAAACGCUGUCCGUUGAAGAAACAGUGAAGAUUCAUGGCUCAUUGAGACGCCUCCUUCCUCAAGCAGAGAGAGAGAGGACCGGAUUUGAGCCCUAAUUUCUCUAAUUAUCUCUUCUCUGUUUCGUUUCAAUCCGAAUUCAAACCAACCGGAGCAAGACAAUCCGGACUGGUAGUAGCGCCGUAGCGAGAAUUGCAGCCGCAAGAAAUCCGUGAAGAGCAUAACCAGCGAUCUAUACCCAAGAUAUGCUGCAAACUUUUUCAGCAUUAUCUAUUUCAGGAGCUAGUUGUUCUCAAAUUGAUGUUCGCCUUGGCCUGGUUGAAACUAAGAAGGACAAUCUGCCAGCAUUAAAGUCUUAUUCCCUUGCAUUUCAGUUUAAGCAUACUGAAAUUCAAAAGAAUGGUCGGACAAAACUAGGAAUCUGUUGCUGCAGUGAACAGGGACCCUCCAAGAGACGCCACUUCAAGAAACAAGAAGAACCUACUCAAAAUGUUGAUCUUCCUCCCAUAUUGCCAAAGAGAAAGAAAAAACCUUUCCCAAUGCCUCUGAAGACAAUAUUGCAGAAUGCAAGGAAUGACAGAAAGCUUGCUCAUAUGGGCAUAGAGAAGACACUUGAAGCACCAAAAAAUGGAAUUCUUGUCCCUGAUCUAGUUCCAGUUGCAUAUGAAUUAUUAAAUUCCUGGACCAUUUUGAUCAAAGGAGUGGCGCAACUGUUGCAUGUUAUACCAGUCCAUGCUUGCAGUGAGUGCUCGGCAGUUCAUGUGAGCAAGACUGGUCACGAUAUCCAAGACUGCCAUGGUCAAACAAGCUCGAAUCGAAGGGGCUUCCAUUCAUGGAUAAAAGGAUCGAUUAACGACAUUCUCAUCCCAAUCGAGUCAUACCAUCUAUACGACCCUUUUGGCCCCCGCAUUAGACAUGAUACCAGGUUUAAUUACGACAGAAUACCCGCAUUGGUUGAGCUAUGCAUUCAAGCAGGUGUGGAAUUACCUGAAUACCCUUCAAGACGUCGAACUGAUCCCAUAAGAAUGAUUGGCAGGAAAAUAAUCGAUCGAGGAGGGUUUCUCGACGAGCCAAAAAGGCAGCAAACAUUGAAUUCUUCUCUCAUGGAGUUCGACACUCACAGAGCGUUUGAACGAUUUCCAGCUCCAAAUUCGGAGGAGGAAGUUCCUCAAAUUGCAGAGAAAACACUUAAGGCUUACGACAAGGUAAAGUGGGGAGUAUCAAAAUUAAUGAACAAAAUGUACACGGUGAAGGCGUGUGGGUAUUGCUCGGAGAUCCAUGUGGGGCCUUGGGGACAUAAUGCGAAACUUUGCGGGGAAUUUAAACAUCAAUGGAGAGAUGGGAAACAUGGUUGGCAAGAUGCGACUGUGGAUGAGGUUUUUCCUCCGAAUUAUGUGUGGCAUGUUCGAAAUCCAGAUGGCCCGCCUUUGAAGAGUACUUUUAAGAGGUUUUAUGGGAAGGCACCGGCUGUGGUUGAAUUGUGUACGCAGGCAGGCGCUAAAGUUCCGCUCAAGUACAAAUCUAUGAUGAGGCUCGACAUCGUGCUUCCAGAUGGAGAAGAAGCUUUCUCGGUUGUUUGAUAUGAUAAAAUUAUAAAUAAACAUGGGUUUUCUACUUAUCAAGAAAUGGUUAUCCCUGUUUAUGUC